CUGGAACGGAUUUGGAGACGCUCAGUGCUACACAAACCGUGCUAUCGUGUGGAUUACUUUGUAUACGGCAGUGACAAAAUACAAAUUCAAUACAAAUAGAAACAAAAUAACAGAUAACAAUUAUGUCAAAUACAAUCAAAUUUCUUGGCCUGUGCCUGGUGUCGGCCCUAGUGCUGCAAUUGAUCAGUGCGGAUAUCGAGACAAACGAAGUGAACGACAAUAAUAGUCCCGAAUAUAUGCUUCAGGGCGUGCGUGUGUAUCCCAAUGAUCGGCAUUGUGUCCUGGUCGGCGGACUGUGCGUGCACACCAGCGACUGCAACCUGCCCACCACGAACAAGGGCCUGUGCCCCACCAGCGCCCAUUUGGGCGUCGAGUGUUGCUACGAGUUUAUUUAUCCAAACGCUUAUCGCAAUUCCUAAACGAAAUUCCUAUCCAAACUAUUUCCUAUAUUAAUUAUUGAUUGAUUGGUAUUACUUGAUGUACUCAUCUCUUGUUCUUGUUUUCGUUUUCGUUUUUGUUUUCGUUUUCCCCACAUCAUCAACUGCGCCCAAAAUGUCUACUAACAACGCUCGUCUAUCUUCGCCUAUUGCUCCUCUCUCCCCCUCCCCCCCCUACGAUAACUCACCUGCAUUCCUACCUACCCACCUGCCGUUGCAGUGCCGGUUAGACCAGCGCCGUGUGCACAGCAUCUGGGCGCCUGCAUGGAGUACUGCGGCCAGGGACUGCAGAGGCCUGGAACGGACUGCGAGAAUGGAGAGUUUUGCUGUGUUUUGAUCUAGACUACGUUAUGUAAUAUAAUCUAUAAAUCAAUGAGCAACAUUUGUCAACUGUAGACUAUAUUUAACGAUACUUUAACUUAUAUAUUGUACGAAUAAUUUUUAUAUGAAAUACUGUUCUACUGUUCUAAUAAAACAAAAACACUGUAAAUAUUUUGAAAAAAACAAAA